AUGCAUCUCCCCACAACACUCUCCUACAUCUCCCUCCUCGCCACCUCGGCAAUCGCCCUUCCAUCCCCUCAAACCAAACCAAGCACCACAAAACCCCCUUACUUCAUCCUCGCCGGCGACUCAACAACAGCUGUGCAGUCCGAGGGCGGCGGCGGCUGGGGCACCGGCUUCCUAACCACGACUCUCACAAAGGGCGCCUCAGGCCACAACUACGGCCACAACGGCGCAACAACUGUAUCCUUCCGCCAAGGCGGUGACUGGGCAACUGUCCUGUCCGCGGCCAAGGACGCAUCAAAGGAAUUCGCUCCCUACGUAACCAUCCAAUUCGGUCACAACGACCAAAAGCCUGACAAGAACAUCAGCGCCAAGCAACUCACUGCCAACCUUGUCGCUUUCGUGAACGAAGUCAAGGAUGUGGGCGCUACGCCUAUCCUCGUCACGUCCCUGAGCCGACGCAAAUACGGGUCCGACGGUAAAAUCAAACCGGACUUGGCGGAUGUAGUUGCUGCGGCGAAAGACGCGGCCAACGAGACGGGAGCCGAUAUCAUUGAUUUGAAUGCGGCGAGUACCAAAUAUCUGAAUCAGAUUGGCGCGGAGAAGGCGCCUACGUAUGAUCUCAAGGCUGGCGAUAGUACGCAUUUGAAUGCGGAGGGAAGCGUUGUGUUUGGAAAUCUUGUGGCUAUGUUGAUCAAGAAGGAGGUGCCAGCUGUGAGCAAGUAUCUUAAGCCGGUGGCGAGUGUGAAGAGUGCGUUGGAGAAGGGGGUUUACAUCUUCCCUAAGGUGUAA